CCACUGAUAAUUCAGCAGCUGAGGAACUCAGCAAAGCCUGCUCCAAACUUCUCAGCUGUUGACAGGCUUGACUUGCUGAGAACACUGGUUAAAUAUAGCACAAGCGAGCUGAGCUCAACAAAGUCAUUGCUGUAACACUGUGUGAAGAGACCAGAAGAGGGGAAAUACAAUCUGAGAACUAAACUGCCAAAGCCUAACACCACCUAGCAACAGUUGAAAAAACUUUUAAACAAAAGUCUGGGUGAGACACAGAGUAUACCUCCUACUUCUUCUGCCUGGGAUUUCUGCGAGAAGCAGCUCUGGUCCUCUGUACUCUGCCCUUUUUCUUUCAUUACUUCAGCUGCUGGUAGACCCAGAAAAGUGGGAAAAGUUCCUCUCUUUGUGUUCUCUUGGGCUGGAUCAGGCUACUGCUGUGGGACAAGCUACUGCAAUCUUGCAGUGCAAAGGAUAUAUUCCUAAGUUCUUGCUGACAGGGAGCAGCAGGGACUCCAGUCAGCUCAAGGUGGGAGCAGCAGAGCGAUGGCACAGGGACAGCUCCAUCCUCGGCCCCCUCCUCCCCCAUGCGGACCUAGAUUCUAGCGAAGCCCCUGCUCUGGAAGCAUCCCUCAACACAGGUAGGGAUGAGAUCCCGAAACCAAGGCGGAGAAAGCUCGUCUAACGGGCACUUCUCCAGUUCCAAGCCUGUCAUCAGCCAUGCAGAGAACGAAAAACUCCAGGAUGAUGCCAAGAAAAAGAACAAACCUCAUCGGAAGGAAGAUGAGGUCAUGGUUUCAGCAACUGUCAAACGGCACUCAAAAUCACCUGGACCUAGUGAACGAAAGAACAAGAAGUCCAUAGAGUUUUCUAAAGAGGACUUAAUAAAACUCCUCAGUAUAAUGGAAGGAGAACUGCAGGCAAGGGAGGAUGUGAUCCACAUGCUGAAGACAGAGAAAACCAAACCUGAAGUUUUAGAAGCUCACUAUGGUUCUGCAGCUCCAGAGAGCGUGCUGCGAGUGCUACACAGGGACGCCAUCCUUGCUCAAGAAAAAUCUAUAGGAGAAGAUGUCUACGAGAAACCAAUUUCAGAGCUGGACAGGCUUGAAGAAAAGCAGAAGGAGACAUAUCGACGCAUGCUGGAACAGCUCCUUUUGGCAGAAAAAUGCCAUCGCCGCACAGUUUAUGAGCUUGAAAAUGAGAAGCAUAAACAUACGGAUUACAUGAACAAGAGCGAUGACUUUACCAACCUCUUGGAGCAGGAGCGAGAGAGGUUGAAGAAACUUCUUGAGCAGGAGAAGAUCUAUCAAGCCCGGAAGGAGAAAGAACACACAAAGAGACUCAAUAAACUAAGAGAAGAAUUAGUCAAGCUCAAAUCAUUUGCACUCAUGCUGGUGGAUGAAAGACAAAUGCAUAUUGAACAACUUGAUCAACAAAGCCAAAAAAUACAAGAUUUAAAUCAAAAACUAAAGGAAGAAGAAGAAAAGCUUAAAAUUGUUUCUGCAAAAGCAAAAGAAGAUGGACAAAAACUGUUGCGGUUAGAAACAGAACUCGAACACAAAACUUCAUCAUUUUCUCAAGAACAUGAGGAGAUGACUGCUAAACUGGCUAAUCAAGAAUCACAUAAUAGACAGCUAAGGCUCAAGUUGGUUGGGUUGACUCGCAGAAUAGAGGAGCUAGAAGAAACAAACAGAAGUCUUCAAAAAACUGAGGAGGAACUUCAAGAACUAAGGGAUAAAAUAGCAAAAGGGGAAUGUGGGAACUCUAGUUUAAUGGCGGAAGUGGAAAAUCUCCGCAAGCGUGUACUUGAAAUGGAGGGAAAAGACGAAGAAAUCACAAAAACCGAAUCCCAGUGUAAAGAGCUGAAAAAUAAACUGCAAGAGGAAGAGCACCAUAACAAAGAGUUGAAACUUGAAGUGGAAAAGUUGCAGAAGAGAAUGUCAGAACUAGAGAAGCUGGAAGAGGCUUUCAGUAAAAGUAAAUCUGAAUGCACCCAGCUACACAUCAGCCUGGAGAAAGAGAAGAAUUUAACUAAGGAUUUGAUAAAUGAAUUGGAACUGGUGAAGACUCGAGUGAAAGACCUUGAGGCAUCAGAAAGUAAGCUGGAAAAAGCUGAAGUGAGCUUAAAAGAUGACCUAACGAAGCUCAAGUCAUUUACUGUAAUGUUGGUUGAUGAACGGAAAAAUAUGAUGGAAAAAAUAAAACAGGAGGAAAAAAGGGUUGAGGGUCUAAACAAGAAUUUUAAAGUUGAACAAGGGAAAGUUAUGGAUGUAACAGAGAAACUGAUAGAAGAAAGUAAGAAAUUUUUGAAACUGAAAUCAGAAAUGGAGGAAAAGGUGUCUAUUUUGACAAAAGAAAGGGAUGAGUUAAUUGUUAAGCUGAAAAGUGAAGAAGAAAAAUCUUCUGAACUAAGCUGUCGAUUUGACCUGUUAAAGAAAAGAAUUGAUGGCAUGGAGGAAGUGGAGAGAGAAAUUACAAGAGGUCGAGCUAGAAAAGGACCAGAGCAUAGCUGUCACGAGGACAACAAGAUUAAGGAACUUACUGUUGAGAUUGAAAGACUGAAAAAGCGUCUCAAACAACUGGAAGUGGUCGAAGGAGAUUUGAUGAAGACAGAAGACGAAUAUGAUCAGCUAGAGCAGAAAUUUAGGACCGAGCAGGAUAAAGCUAACUUACUUUCUCAGCAGCUGGAGGAGAUGAAGCUCCAGAUUGCCAAAAACAAAGCAAUAGAAAAAGGUGAAGCAGUGAGCCAGGAGGCAGAGUUGAGGCACAGGUUUCGUCUGGAAGAGGCUAAAAGCAGAGAUUUGAAAGCAGAAGUUCAAGCUCUGAAGGAAAAAAUCCAUGAGCUGAUGAACAAAGAAGACCAGCUUUCUCAGCUCCAAGUUGAUUAUUCGGUUCUGCAGCAAAGGUUUAUAGAAGAAGAAAAUAAAAACAAGAGCAUGGGGCAGGAAGUUCUGAAUCUAACAAGAGAGUUGGAACUUUCUAAGCGUUACAGCCGUGCUCUGAGGCCUAGCAUAAAUGGACGAAGAAUGGUUGAUGUUCCUGUGACAUCCACAGGUGUGCAAACAGAUGCUGUGAGCAGUGAAGCAGCAGAAGAAGAAACUCCAGCUGUGUUUAUACGGAAGUCCUUCCAGGAGGAGAAUCACAUCAUGAGCAAUCUGCGACAGGUGGGUCUGAAAAAACCCAUGGAGCGUUCUUCAGUGCUUGAGAGAUACCCCCCAGCAGCAAAUGAACUUGCCAUGAGGAAAUCUUGGAUACCAUGGAUGAGAAAGAGGGAACCUGGGGCUCAGGCAACUCCAGAUAAAGGAGCCCGAACCCACAGUAGCACAGCGCAUCCUGGGGAGGUUGUCCUUUCACCAAAGCAGGGUCAGCCUCUUCAUAUUCGGGUGACACCAGACCAUGAGAAUAGCACAGCUACUUUGGAGAUAACCAGCCCAACCUCAGAGGAAUUUUUUUCAAGUACCACUGUCAUUCCUACUUUGGGAAAUCAGAAGCCACGGAUAACCAUCAUUCCCUCUCCAAAUAUUAUGCCCUCAAAAGGAAAAGGCAGUGAAAGUCCAUUGGGCCCAGACCGUUCCAUGUCUCCAGUCACUAUAACAACAUUCUCCAGAGAGAAGUCUCCUGAGGGAGGCAGAGUACCUUUCGUCGACAGACCUGCAUCACCAAUUCAGAUUAUGACAGUAUCAACAUCUGCAGCACCAGCAGAAAUCUCUGUUUCUCCACAGUCACAAGACAUGACCAUGGGAAGGGCUGUUUUCAAAGUAACACCAGAAAAACAAACUGUCCCAUCUCCAAUCCGUAAAUACAAUGCCAAUGCCAACAUUAUUACAACAGAAGACAACAAAAUCCACAUCCACUUGGGUUCCCAGUUUAAGCGCUCUCCUGGUGCUACACCAGAUGCUGCAAGUCCUGUGAUAACAGUCCGACCGAUGAACAUAGCAGCUGAAAAAGAAGUUGUCACUGGUACUGUCCUUCGAUCGCCCCGGAACAACCUGUCCUCACGGCCUGCAGCAAGCAAGGUGACAAGUACUAUCACUAUAACACCUGUUACUACGUCCUCCACACGAGGAACGCAGUCAGUGACAGCACAGGAUGGGUCAUCCCUGAGACCUACACCCACCCGUAUUCCCGUGUCAAAAGGUAUGAAAGCAGGAAAGCCAGUAGUGGCAGCCUCAGGAGCAGGAAAUGUGACAAAAUUCGAGCCUCGUGCCGAGACUCAGUCUAUGAAAAUAGAACUGAAGAAAUCUUCAGCCAGUGGCUCUGGCUCCCUGGGCGGGGGUCAGGGCUGAUGGCAGGUUCGGGGGGUAUGUUCUGCAGCUGUUACUGCUACCAUGAACUACAGCCCCCUGUCUGUGUAGUUGCUCAUGAUUGUCCGUACUAACGAAGCCCUUCACCUGUCACUCACAACCAACUAAUGAGUGUGUGUGAUGACUACUUGAGUAACAACAUCGUUUUGUUUUCUUACUGAAGGAGGAAAAGAGACAUCAAAAAGGCAGUGUACAUCAGGAGUAUAUUCAGCCUGGGAAAUGAGAAUGGGCAACUUCACCAAGUUAUUAAUCCAGCCUAGGAAUUCUUAAUGCUAGGCUUGGUCACUUCUUAAUAGAUUGAAGGAAGAUCAGUCACUUUUAAACAAUUGUCUUCCAGCUUAACAGAUCACUUUCUGUCCUGGCUACUGCACGGAGCGCCUGGCUAUAACCACAUUUUUGAGAUGCUGUGGUACCUAGGGACGCAAUGCCAGGAGGCAGUACCCCUGAGCUUUUAUUUCAAUAAAAGCUAGUGCCUCACAUACAGCAGAGGCAGAGAGAAAGGACCACAGGUUAUGACCAGCCUUCUCUCUAGGAAUCUCUCCGCUAGAUCAGCUUUUCUCCCUUGUGAGCUGCUUUCUCUAGGCAGUGACAAAAUUCAGGGGAGUAGGGAGGUUGCACAGUUCAGGCAGCAGCAGCACUAAGCAGCUGUGUAUUUCUUCCAGAACUUGACUAUGCUUGUAGUUAGUGUUUACAGCUGAGUCUCUCUUCUGUGGCUUAGACUGGGUUACUGCCAGCUCUGGAGUUAGAUGAAGGAAGUGGGCCAAAAGGUGUUUACUCUUUAAAAAAAGCCUCAGAAAAACAUUGAUCUGACUACAGUCAAUCCAGUCCAUUUGUGCCUGCUCCAAAGACCAUGAAAGUCAUUGAAGCAAGUCAUUCAGUUGACAUCACUGGGCCUGCAGUUUUUCUUGUUGGAUGGACUUUUGCUCUGUAGGUAAACUCGAGUUGUCAAGCAUCCUUAUGUGUUAGAAGGAUGGUCGACGCAGAUUGCUGGCAGCAGCAAUUGCUACCUAAAGACAGUUCAGGUACAGUCAGGGAAAGAGAUAGUCUGGUAUCUAAGUUAUGCUCAAUUCUCACUUGUUUGAAGUAUUUUGUGUUAAGCACAGACCGCCUCAGAGUACCAUGGAGAUUCAUCUUUCUUCUUCUCUCUUUGUGGUUUCUUCAUUUAUAUGUUUGCAUUUUUAAGCAUGUUUUAAGGAAUUGUUCCAGCAUGGAAAUGGUGUGGAUACUGAUGAUUGCUACCAUGAUUUAUUUAAUAACACUAAAGUUAUUAAAGAUCAUUUCCUUUAAGUGAUCAAUUUUCACAGAAGAAAUUUGCAAAAAAAGAAACUGAGCUGAGCAGGCUGAUAAAUUAGGAUUUUAAAGCUUGUAUAUCUCAACCACCACAGAAAGCUGUAAAGGACUGGUUAGGAAUAGCUUUCAGAAGGAAAAGCAGGAAGACAACCAAUAAAUAAUAAAUACAAUUCACGGAAAGGAAAAUGCACCAGUGUGUGAAAUAUUAAAUGGCUUUCUGUCUGGGAGAAGAAAUUUGAUGGAAGAAUUUGCCACAGAAGGUCGACAAAAUUAUAGUCAAUCCAAGCAAUGUUUAAUCUUCAGUCUGCACUUUACAGUGCUCUCCAAUUUAAGAUCCAGAUAUGGCCAUUAUCCCAGAAUACAGCUGGCAUUUUAUUAUUAACAUGAAGGACAUUUUGUCUGUGAUAUGAAAGCUGCUGUCACAUACAAAAAGAAAUAGGCUUCCUUUUUUCCAUCUGUGCAGCACCUGCAGUACCUGCUAAUUUUAAGGUUCUGGUUCCUUUGACACCUGAAAAUCAGAUUCAGAUUUUUCAUUGCACUCAAUUCCCACUAUUUCAGAUAAAACUUGGAAACUGGAAUUAUUGAGCUAUAUGAGUUACCGUUCCAGAAAUGCAUCAGAGCCUCUCAACUAAUUGUUUUCAGCUAAAAGCCUCAGUUUGACAAUAAAUGGUUGCUGAGAUCUUACUGUUCUGAUUGUAACGUGGACUUUUAAGCAGAUGUUUGAAGAAAACUUAUUAAGAGCUUUUAGCUGGAUAGUCCCUCUAAAUACUGGCACUCAAACAAAUCUUUAGUUCAAAACAACCGUUUAAAUAAUACUGCAAACAUGAGCCCCAAGCUAAUGUGGAUACAGUGAUGAACUACAGCUGGCUUAAGCCUUCCUUUUCAUAUCCUUUUUUCAAAGAAUCAAGCUAUUCCUUAGUUAACUGUUGCCUUACCUAGGGCAAUAUCCUAGGUGUGCCUGUGGUUGAAAAAAUGGUUUGUUUUGCAUAAGAUCUGAGCAACUAAUUCACCUGAAGAAAUAAGCCGGACUUACAGUAUCUGAAAUCCAAGACAUGCAAAUUAGCACAGCUGAACCAGAACUGCAGACACAAGCUAGGAACUGCUCUAUAGAGUCAGAAGGAUUAUAUGAGACAGAUUUGAGAAAUUCCAGACAGGUCAGACCAAGGAUGCUGUUAUUUUUCCUGGGGACAUCACAACAAAAAACUUUUGCUCCAUAGCCAACCCAGCAGAAUUCCAGGGAGUUGGAGCCAGGCAACUAGUUUGACUGUUAGCUAAAGAUAUGUGUUUAGUUGUACUCAGUAUUUUUAACAUGUUUUGAUUGAGCUGAGAUUCUUGUUUCAUAAAGGCAGAAAAAAUGUAAGAUAAUGAUACUUUUUUAUUACUAUUAUUUUUUUUUAAAAAAGCCUGUAGUUCAGAAGUCUUCAAAGUUGAAGCAUAACUGUUUUUAUUUUAUUGGAAUUUCUUCUGAAUCCGAAGACAGUAUUUUUAGUGACCACAGGGACCACAGCUCCAAAAGGUGAUUUAGACAAACAAGUCUAAAUACAGUCCAUAAUGCUCCAGCUCAGCUUCCAGCUUGCCUGGAAUUGUCUGAGCACCAGAGACACAUUGAAGAUCUACCUGAAGUUCUGCUGCUGCACUUGCCUACCAGUGUUGUGGCCCAACUAGCAGUGCAACCUCUGAACCUAAUUGAGACCCACAUUUCAGGUAUUCAUGUCCUCUCAGGACUUUAAAUCAGUAAUAAAGCCACAAUUUCAUGGUCCAGAAGUUGUAGUCUUGUCAUUGGCAACUCCAACCCAAUAUAAUACUGACUUCCAUCUAGUUGGACCAUGAGUUGGCACAAGUGUUUGAACUUACCUGGAGAACUGAUUUGAACUAAAAGGAAUCUGGCAACGGACAAAAAAGACUAAUUCUAACCUAGCCUAGGUACAAGCUCUUGAGCCAGAAAAAGAAAGGGGGAAGGUGUGGGAAACCAGUAGCUGUUUUAAAGUGGCUGUAGAAUCAUGAAUGUCUCCUAACAGAUCACAUACCACAGGGGUAUGUAGUAGUGCUGCUUAUUUUAACAAGCUUUUGAUUGAGCCUGUCCUUCAAAGGUAUGACUCAGGACCCUCUUCUCAGCAGUUCCUGAGAUAAUUCCAAUCAGCUCCACCAAAUUCAGCAAGCACUGACAGACAGCUGAGGGGCUGAAGAUGGCAUUCUCAUUCCCUCCUGUAAAAGCUGUGCUGUUCUGCAUGGAGGAGUUCAGCGUUCAUUGAGCAGAAACAACAGAGUGGUUGAGUGACCAGGAUAUUGAACUAGGGGGGGAGUUCCCCUAGAUUCUGGUCCCAGUUCCAAAGGCUGCUUUUAAGCCUGGCCUUCUGUGAAAAGAAGGCUUCUAAGAUGAAAUGUCUGUGUUCAUCUAUCCCUCCAUCUGUCCUCUGUUGAUGAACAACAUUGAACACAUCUACCAAUUUCAGCCAAACUUGACAAAGCAACAGAGAUCUCCAGAAUAAGAAGUUCUUCAAGUUUAAUGAAAAGGGUGACUGAGAAGAGGAGCAAGAUCUUAGCAGAACCCCACUGUGUGAAAGAAUGUGGCAUGAGCUCACCUUCAAACAACAUCAAAGAACAAACACAAGAGAGUGAUGUCAGAAAUGCCGCAAGGACAAGUUUUGUUCCGACCUCAGAUGUUACUAGACACCAAAGAAUCAAACUCUCAGACACAAAUCCAUAGGAAAUUAAUCACGCCUUUAUUUACAGGGCUUCUUUAUGUGUAUUUUACCACCACUGGGUUACAGUGCAGAAAACCAGCUUCCUCUGCCCAGGUGAUCAUCAGGAAUUACUCAUGCUCAUUCUUUCUCUCCCUUCUCUUUUCCUCUGUAUUGAUUUUUUCAAUGAAGUGGAACAGUUUCAGUAGCAAAAUGCACUCAGCUCAGAGUAACAGUGGUAAUUACAGUGGUCUUUGAAAGAGACGAGGUACAGAUUUGAAUCCCAUCAGGCACAAGUGGAAUCUGAACCUAUAGCCCCCAUAUUAUGAAAUACUGCUCUUAACAUGGACUAUCUGUGUAAGAACUGAACAUUUCCAUUUCUUUCACUGACUUUUAAGCACUUCAAAUAUUUUCAGGAUAUUGAGAGAAAGGGCCUGAUUUACUACUGUUUUCAUGAGAUGUCUGCUGCGUAUGAGAGCCUAACAGAGGAAGGAGCCUCUCGCAAGGCUUAGCAAGACACCUAAUCCUGAGAGGCAGGGCAGGAUUCAGAAGUUACAACUCUGUACUCUGCAUUACUCUCUUGGCUGGGUUUAAAUGGUUUCCUGCUCAACAUGCUGUAUCUAAUCUGAAUAUCUCUUGCUGCAAUCUCUGUCCUCAUCCGUUUAAAUCAGAAAAUAAGUCAGUAAUAGCUGUUAACUAAUCUAUAUCCAUACUUGCACUAGAAAAAAGGUCACCAUAUACCUAACUUCUGAUUUCAGCUCCUUCCCUUGGACCCAUGCUAAUGCUAAGGAAGCCUAAGUUCAGACUCACUAGGAACGGGUGAACAUUUUUUUUUAAUUUUGGUUAUUUUUACUGUCAACUGGAGAAAUGCCCUGUUCUGUCUGACUGCAUAGUCAUACAAGCUGUAGUGAUGAUUCCAGCCCAUAUGGCUUAGGUAGAGCAGCAGGAGAACAGGAAAGGUGCCAACCCAUUCAUGAUCAGAUACAGAUUAGCAUACACUGAUGUGUGAGAUUUUGGUUCUAGACUCAAAACAGUGUUCUGUUUCAUUCUCUAGAUUAGAUCCUGUCACCUGAAUACUGUUACGUGGGUAUUGCUAAUGUGGUCAUGAGCAGAGCAAUAAGUCUGCAUAAGUAUGACUGAAAAUGAUGGAGCACAGAACUUCAUCUCUGAUGUCUAGAGGAGCUCGCUCAUAUUGUUAAACAUACUAAGUAAAAAGCAGAAGAAAAGCAGAGAUUUUUAUUUAUUUUGCCCAUCUUCUUUUUCCUUUUGUGACAUCCAUUCAUGUGAUUCUUCAGAAAGCACAAAACACUUUGUGAAUCUUCUGAAUAUGCCCACAGAAUAUACAUUAUCAUAGCAAUUAGUCGCAUUUGAGUAAUCUCAGAAGUCACGUGGAUAUGUUGAUUCAUGCCAAUUAGAUGCCAAAUCAUAUGUUACUGCUUGAAAUGUGCUACAUGUGUUGUAAAAUAUGCUCAAUAUUUACACGAACAUUUCAUGAUUCUGAUCAGAAGUUGAAGGUCAUCUCUUUAAAGAAGCAAGUUACCAUCCUGUGGUGUUUCAGGUGCUUGGCAUAAGCUGCAGCAGUCAUGAAAAUUUUCGGACCAAUUGUAUGUUCCUAUCACACAUCAGUGGCCAAUCUCAUUGAAUCUGUUUGAAACCUGUAGUUUGCUGGUAGAAUUUUCUGUGAGCUCAUCUUCUGAACUUGUUUUCAUCUAGGGGAGUGUUUUUUCCUCCCUGCAUCAGUGUGAGUUACCCUCUUUCCCUUAAUUCUGACUGAGUGCACUCUGACAGACCUCUAUGCCACAUUUCUCAUUGAAGAUGUUAACUUCACUCUCAAUCUCCAUUACUACUGACACACUGCCCUUACAAGGCUUUUUGGAAGAUGCAGUGAGGAUUAACUACUCUCAAAUUCAGAGCUGUCAGCUCUGAGAUUCAGGUACAAUUCAUUCAAGUACAAAUCAUUCAGGUAUGAAUGGUUCCUCACUUUAAAAACUCUUUUUCAACGGGAUUUUAAAAAUAGAAAUACUGAUAGAUGAUUUGCUUCUGUCACUUGGAUGUGCAACUUUCUGUAUCAUUUGGUGUUAUUCGUUUGUAUAUAUUGUAAGAAGAAAUUAAAUUUACAUACAUGCAUUAAACGUACAUUAAAAUGACA